CUUUUGGAUCUAAUGCGCAGAGGAGGUUGGCCCAGAGCUCCCAGGCUCCCCCAAGGCUGAACUCCGUCCAAGGUGCCCGCAGGCUCCCUGCCCGCCUUCCCCAUGCCAGCCCGCAGCUAGGGGCAGGGGCAGCGGCGGCUGGGGUUGGGGGUGGGUGGGGAGCUUUUGGGGAGGACAGGUCGCAGCUUGGCUAUGGAAGGCUCCAAUGGCUUUGGGAUCGACUCCAUUCUCUCCCACCGAGCGGGCAGCCCCGCCCUUCCCAAGGGGGACCCCUUGCUCGGGGACUGCCGCUCGCCCUUGGAGCUGAGUCCGCGCUCGGAGAGCAGCAGCGAUUGCUCUUCACCAGCCUCGCCAGGAAGGGACUGUCUGGAGACGGUGGCCCCACGGCCUGGCGGGGCAUCGGGCCCAGGUUUGGACUCCCACCUGCAGCCUGGGCAGCUCUCGGCCCCAGCCCAGUCUCGCACCGUGACCUCCUCCUUUCUGAUCAGGGACAUCCUUGCUGACUGCAAACCACUCGCGGCCUGUGCACCCUACUCUAGCAGCGGGCAGCCGGCCGCUCCCGAGCCUGGGGGCCGUCUUACGGCCAAGGCCGGGGAGGACUUUAGAGACAAGCUGGACAAAAGUGGCAGCAACGCCUCAUCGGACUCCGAGUAUAAAGUGAAGGAGGAGGGUGACCGUGAGAUCUCCAGCUCCAGGGACAGCCCCCCGGUGCGCCUGAAAAAGCCACGCAAGGCGCGCACGGCCUUCACAGACCAUCAGCUGGCGCAGCUGGAGCGCAGCUUUGAGCGGCAGAAGUACCUGAGCGUGCAGGACCGCAUGGAGCUCGCAGCCUCGCUCAACCUCACCGACACGCAGGUCAAGACCUGGUACCAGAACCGCAGGACUAAGUGGAAGAGACAGACGGCCGUCGGGCUGGAGCUGCUGGCGGAGGCAGGCAAUUACUCGGCGCUCCAGCGGAUGUUCCCGUCGCCUUACUUCUACCCGCAGAGUCUAGUUUCCAAUCUGGAUCCCGGCGCCGCACUGUAUCUGUACCGCGGGCCCAGCGCGCCGCCGCCCGCCCUGCAGAGACCUCUGGUGCCCCGCAUCCUCAUCCACGGACUCCAGGGCGCCAGCGAGCCGCCCCCGCCGCUGCCCCCGCUGGCCGGCGUCCUCCCGCGCGCCGCGCAGCCUCGGUGAAGCCCCCGCCCGGCGGCCCGCAGCGCCCGCGCCCGCGCCCGGGGGCUCCGCGCUCGCCGCUUCCGCCCGCCUCGGGGAGGGCGCGGGGUUUCAACGCCCGUUCCCGGGGGCCCCCUGUCCGGCCCUCCCUGGAGUCCAACCCCGUGUCCUCAGAGGGGCCAAAUGCCAAGUUUUCCGAGGCCCGGACCCCCGGACUGAGUCUCCCUAACCCUCCCGGGCCUCCUCUUUCCCGGCCACUCCAUCGGGGAGCCCCCUCCUGCCGGAUGUACAUACCGCCCCUCCCCCCGCGCGCCCCCUCCCCGCUCCCGGGAGCAGGUGGGACGACCCCCGUGCCGCACCCUUCCACCCCCCUCCACGUCCAGCUGUACCCCGAGCCCUGUCCCCACACCCCGGACACGUGGAGGGGGAAACGAGCGUGGAGCCUCCCCCCGCCCCGCCCCCCCCCCAGCGCCAGGGCCGGCGGCAGAGCUGUACAUACCGUGUGCAAAGUGUAUAUGAAGUUAUUUAUUCGUGACCCAUGAGCCCGUGACUGUGUCCGUGAAUCAGUGAGUUUGUGGCCCGUGCCCACCCCCCCCUCCCAGGUGGGGCAGGAAGGGGCCAGGGGACUUGCCCACCCACCUCGACCCCCAGCCUCCACAUCCAGCCUCCGGCCGGGGGUCGGUCAGACCCCUCCGGGUUCUCUUUCUUUUUUAAAUGUCGAAAUAAACUUCUUACAAAUGACCAGGCGCCUGUCC